GAGCGCGCGCCUAGGAAGCCGCGGCAUUAGACGGUUGCGGGCGCAGGGGCUGGGUAGUUGUCGCUGUGGGCCUUCGCUACCGCUUCUGCACCGUGAGUCGGGGGACCUUGGCAGCCAGACGUCGUUCCUCUUACUGUAGCUCUCGUCUAGUCGUCACAACUCCGCCACCAUGUUUGAGGCACGCCUAAUCCAGGGCUCCAUCCUGAAGAAGGUGCUGGAGGCUCUCAAAGACCUCAUCAAUGAGGCCUGCUGGGACAUCAGCUCGGGCGGCGUGAACCUGCAGAGCAUGGACUCGUCUCACGUUUCCUUGGUGCAGCUCACUCUGCGCUCCGAAGGCUUCGACACAUACCGCUGCGACCGCAACCUGGCCAUGGGCGUGAACCUCACCAGUAUGUCCAAAAUUCUAAAAUGUGCUGGUAAUGAAGACAUCAUUACAUUAAGGGCUGAAGAUAAUGCUGAUACCUUGGCACUAGUAUUCGAAGCACCAAAUCAAGAGAAAGUUUCAGACUAUGAAAUGAAGUUAAUGGACUUAGAUGUUGAGCAACUUGGAAUCCCAGAACAGGAGUACAGCUGUGUAGUGAAAAUGCCAUCGGGUGAAUUUGCACGUAUAUGCCGAGAUCUUAGCCACAUUGGAGAUGCUGUUGUGAUAUCUUGUGCAAAGGAUGGGGUGAAGUUUUCUGCAAGUGGAGAGCUUGGCAAUGGGAACAUUAAGUUGUCACAAACAAGUAAUGUGGAUAAAGAAGAAGAGGCGGUAGCCAUAGAGAUGAAUGAGCCUGUUCAGCUAACUUUUGCUCUGAGGUACCUGAACUUUUUCACAAAAGCCACUCCACUGUCUCCUACAGUAACACUCAGUAUGUCUGCAGAUGUACCUCUUGUUGUAGAAUAUAAAAUUGCUGACAUGGGACACUUAAAGUACUAUUUGGCUCCCAAGAUUGAAGAUGAAGAAGGAUCUUAGGCAUUGCUAGAAAUUGAGAAAACUAAACCUUUGAAGAUUGCUUCUGAGAUGCCAGCGUGUCCCAAGGUCUUUUCUGUCACCAAGUUUGUACCUGAGCAUUCUUAAAUAUUAAAAUAUGUAGAUAUCUUCUGUAAAUAACCUAUUUUCUUUUCCCUCCAUUCUCCACAAUUUGCUUAAAGAAUAAGGUCCAAAGUAAAACUGAGUUUUGUUCACAUGACUGCUUCUGCCUCACAAAACUGGUGAUUUUCAUCAAUGAUCUUGACGCUAAAUGCAGUUUUAAGAAAUAUUUUUCAAUUUAAAUAAAGUUAACAAUUUGAAAAGUCA